AUGGACACAAUCAACGAUGGGAUUCGCUUUCUCAAUAGUUCCAUUGAUGCUUGUACGGACUACGUCAGGGAGAACGCGAUUCAACUGAUCAUAAUUGGAGCCUUGGUUUAUUAUCUCAAGAAUCGGAAACAACAAGAUCAGGGGUAUACCUUGAGUCAAUCACGACCAACCGCAGCUGCUACCACCACUACUACUACUGAAUCUGCUGCUGCAUCCGAGACGACAUCCACCAAAAACAAAUUAACCCGAGAUGAACAUUUAAUGGCAGUGCGGGAACGUCAACAACAAUUGGCCAACCAACGGGCACUCGAAGCUGCCAAAUUGCGCAAGGAAAAACAACAAAACGAAAAGGACCGGAAGAAUCAAGUGGCCCAAAAUAAGAAGAAAAAGGGAGACGUAUUAGGCAAUGGUAGUGCUAGUGCUAGUACUAGUCCUAGUGCUAGUGCUAGUGGUGCUAGCUGUGCGUACAAUCCCAUGCAACCAUGGUCAGGUCAUUCGAAUGGAUUUAGGUUCGUAACAACAACAGCAACACACGCGUUUGGAAUUUAG